GGAGAAUCUACACAGCUGAUACACACAGGAGAAAACACCUGGAGAAUCUACACAGCUGAUACACACAGGAGAAAACACCUGGAGAAUCUACACAGCUGAUACACACAGGAGAAAACACCUGGAGAAUCUACACAGCUGAUACACACAGGAGAAAACACCUGGAGAAUCUACACAGCUGAUACACACAGGAGAAAACACCUGGAGAAUCUACACAGCUGACACACACAGGUGAAAACACCUGGAGAAUCUAGGAAGAUGAUUUGGAGCUUGGAGUGACACUGACAGAAAAGGUCUGUGGAUAACUCUCCAUACUACCAUGCCAGACCCCCCACCUUCCCAUUCAAUCCGAAGACGACACCCAUCACCCCACACACACACACAGCCACAGAGAAGGGAAGAACAUUCCAUCCUCUCUUCCCUCCAUCCCUGCAUCACCCCUUCAAACACACUUCUGAACUCCUGCGAACUACUUCCCCUCUCCCAGUCCCUACCUGGAUCAUUCUCCUCCCAUCUCAUUCGCUGUGCCUGCCCCACCCCCGGCACAUCCCCGGCUUUCCCGGCUCUCCAUUGGCUGACGUUGGUCACAUGCUGCUGCCUGCUGCCCUCUCUGAUUGGUGCAGGGGAGACAUGGGACGUGGUCGCAGUGUGUCCAUUCCACUGCGUCUGUCGGAACCUGUCGGACUCUCUGAGCACGCUCUGUGCAGAUAAAGGCCUGCUAUUUGUUCCCCCGAAUGUCGAUCGACGAACCGUCGAGCUCCGAUUGGCUGAUAACUACAUCACAGAAGUGGGCGGGGCUGACUUCGCCAACAUGACCGGAUUGGUUGAUCUGACUCUAUCCCGGAACACUAUCCACUCCAUCCGACCAAUGACGUUCUCCGAUCUGGAGAGUUUGCGGAGUUUGCAUUUGGACGGCAACCGCUUGACGACGCUGGGACCGAGGGACCUGUUGGGAUUGGUCAAUCUACAGCACCUCAUCGUCAACGGUAACCAGCUGACCAGGGUGUCGGCAGAAGCGUUCAAUGAUUUGUUAUUGACGCUGGAGGAUCUGGACCUGUCUUACAAUAACCUCAGAUGGGUUCCGUGGGAGUCGAUCCAGAACAUGGCCAGUCUCCACACUUUGAACCUGGAUCAUAAUCUGAUAGACCACAUGGCAGAGGGAUGCUUUGGAGGGCUGUACAAGCUGGCUCGUCUGGAUAUGACCUCUAAUAGGCUGAGGACCCUGCCACCUGACCCCCUGUUCGCCAGGUCUCAGACGGGAGCCAUCAGUCCCACUCCCUACAACAGCGUCAUCAGUCUGAACUUCGGAGGGAACCCGCUACACUGUAACUGUGAGUUGUUAUGGUUACGCAGGCUGGUCCGAGAGGACGACAUGGAGACCUGCGCCACGCCCCCUCACCUGGCCGGCAGGUAUUUCUGGUCCAUCCUUGAGGACGAGUUCAUCUGUGAGCCGCCCCUCAUCACCAGACACACCCACAAGCUCUGGGUCCUGGAAGGUCAAAGGGCAACCCUGAAAUGCAGAGCCAUCGGCGACCCCGAACCAAUCAUCCAUUUCGUCUCCCCCGAUGAUCGGAUUGUGGCGAAUUCCAGCCGGACGACAUCGUCCCGGAAUGGAACGCUGGAUCUCUUCGUUACGGUUGCUAGGGACGACGGAGUGUACACGUGCAUAGCGAUAAACGCGGCUGGGGAGGCUACCGCAACGGUAGAUCUAAAUAUCAUCCCGUUGCCGAAUCGAAAUGGGAAUGUGAACGUUCCAGGGAAUGUGACGGUUACUGGGAAUGCUGGGAAAUCUAAUGGAAAAAUUCAGGGUUCUUCGGACAUUGCCACUGGAAAAAGUGUGAAUUCCGAAGUUGACAAUGGAGGGAACACAAGAGUCACGGAAGAGAGGAGAGGAGAGGAGGGAGAGGGGGAUGAGGAGGAUGGUGUGGUGGAGGAGGAGGAUGGAGGGAUUAGGAUAGAGGAAGAGGAGGAAGAAGAAGAGGAGAGGAUGGUUGGGAUACAGGGAGUCACUUCUACUUCAGCACAGGUACGAUGGGACCUGGGCCAAUCGGCUGGAGCUUACCUGGUGUGGAUGUUUCAGAUACAGUACAACUGUACAGCCGAUGAGACACUGGUGUACAGGAUCCUCCCGUCUACCAGCAACAGUUUCAUGUUGAAGAACCUGGUAUCUGGAACGGACUACAACCUGUGUGUCCUGGCCAUCUUUGAUGACAUCAUCACCUCCUUGGCCGCUACCAAGGUUCUUGGCUGCGCCCAGUUUAGCACUAAAGAACUCUACCCAGAAUGCCGAUCUCUACAGACCCACUUCCUGGGCGGAACCCUGACAAUACUUGUGGGAGGCGUUGUCGUGGUAACGCUGCUGGUGUUCACAGUGGCGCUGAUGGUGCGUCACCGUGUCUGCAGUAACCAGGACGACCACUGUCACCAUGGGGUUGAUAGUGAUGAGUUGGCGUGUUGCCAGGGCGGGUCAUUAGGGAGUCCUGUGAAAGAGGCGGAAGCCGGAGGUGGCGGAGGAGUCUACGGCCAAUCAAAUGGCAACAGAGAUGUGAUGAUGGUGGUCUUGCCCAAUGGGCUGCCUACAAAGCAGAGAGGGGGCGGGACGAAGGAGAGAGCAAAAGAGAAAAAGAAGGACAAAGAGAAGGGAAACGAGGGUGAGAGAGAGAGGGAGAAGGAGAAGGGAAAAGAGAGGGAGAAAGGAGGGGCCGACGUACUUCCUAAGAUACCCCCCAAACCAAAACCCCAAACCCUCCCCAGGCCUAGCAGGGAGGGAGAGAAAAACGAGGCAAUAGCACAAAAUAUUGACAGAACAGCAGAAAAUAACUCUACGGAUCCUGGGACCCUACGGAUCCUGGGGCCCUACGGAUCCUGGGGCCCUACGGAUCCUGGGGCCCUACGGAUCCUGGGGCCCUACGGAUCCUGGGGCCCUACGGAUCCUGGGGCCCUACGAAUCCUGGGGCCUUACGGAUACUGGGGCCCUACGGAUCCUGGGGCCCUACGGAUCCUGGGACCCUACGGAUCCUGGGGCCCUACGGAUCCUGGGGCCCUACGGAUCCUGGGGCCCUACGAAUCCUGGGGCCUUACGGAUACUGGGGCCCUACGGAUCCUGGGGCCCUACGGAUCCUGGGGCCCUACGAAUCCUGGGGCCUUACGGAUACUGGGGCCCUACGAAUCCUGGGGCCCUACGGAUCCUGGGGCCUUAUGGAUCCUGGGCCUUACGGAUCCUGGGGCCCUACGGAUCCUGGGCCUUACGGAUCCUGGGACCCUACGAAUCCUGGGGCCUUACGGAUACUGGGGCCCUAUGAAUCCUGGGGCCCUACGGAUCCUGGGGCCCUACGAAUCCUGGGGCCCUACGGAUACUGGGGCCCUACGGAUCCUGGGCCUUACGGAUCCUGGGCCUUAUGGAUCCCGGUCAAAGCCACGGUUACGCCAAGCGGUUGUCAGUGACUUGGACGAGGCGGAGCUGCAAGGAAUGUUGGUACACUCAGCAAUGCCCAGCGGCCAGGGGAGUCACCAUGUCCACGUCUACAACAACACUAACUCUUACUCAGCGCCACGGUUACGCCAAGCGGUUGACAGUGACUUGGACGAGGCGGAGCUGCAAGGAAUGUUGGUACACUCAGCAACGUCCAGCGGCCAGGGGAGUCACCACGUCCACGUCUACAACAACACUAACUCUUACUCAGCGCCACGGUUACGCCAAGCGGUUGACAGUGACUUGGACGAGGCGGAGCUGCAAGGAAUGUUGGUACACUCAGCAACGUCCAGCGGCCAGGGGAGUCACCACGUCCACGUCUACAACAACACUAACUCUUACUCAGCGGUGACCAAUGUUGUCGUCAAGGGCAAUGGGAAUGAGAGAGGGACCCUCGGAGAUUUGUAG